AUGGAGAAUAUCAUAUUCAACAGCGGCUGUAGUAGAAGUGGUCUUGAAAGGUGCGGUGCAAGUGCCAGCGGCGGUAUCGUUGAGCAACAACAAUCACAGUCACAGCAACAGCAACAACAACCACAACAACCACAGCAUCAAUCACCGCAACAACAACAACAAUCGCAGUCUACAAUGAACAAUAAUAAUAAUAAUAGUAAUAGUAGUACUAUGGACAGGAAUGUAAAUAUAACAGCAAUGACACGUCCAGAGACUACAACAACAACAGUCGUCACAUCCACACCUACAGCCAAAAGGAAGUUGGAUGAUGAAGACAAACAACAUGAUCAACCUACAAAGGCAUCAAAGAGCACACAUCAAGAGGCUCAACAACAGACACCAACAUCAACAUCAACAUCAUCGACAACGACAUCGACCACAUCGAGGGAGAAGGUUAGACAACUUUUUCAAACAUCGGGACAGAAGAAGGUGCACAGACUGAUCGACCUGUGCUUUGACGCGCUGGUCAAGAAUAUUAAGAACAUUGAAUCACUGGAGAAGCUGCCGGACGAGCUGUGUCAGACCCUGCUGUCCAUCUUCCAGCGCGCAAAGAUACUCAAUCUGGACACUCUCAAUCUGUUCAAGAAUUGUCGUCUCUCCAAACUGGACUUCACUGGCAAGGAAGUGCAGACCAGGGAUGAAUGGCUCUCGAUCACUAAAGGCGCGAUGCAGAGCACGUUGGUCUCAAUCAAUCUCUCCAAGAACCUGCAGAUCACCAAUGGCGGCCUGGCGAUACUGUCCCACCUCAAGCACCUCACCACGCUCGACCUCAGCUACUGCGAGGGACUGCGCGGCGACAGCCUGGCGCAGCUGAUCGAGCACAAGGUGCCGCUCCAGAAGCUCAAUCUUCAGGGCUGCGUCAACAUCGAUGUCGACACGUGUCUCAAGCAACUGCCGCAGUUCCCGCAGCUGGAAUCACUCAACAUCGCGUCGAUCAAGCUGAGCGACGACAACUGCGAGCCCCUGAGGCGCCUCUCGAAACUGACGCAGCUGGAGAUCAGCGACAAUGUAAAUAUCACUCAUGUGGGCAUCCAGCACAUCUGCGCCGUGCGCACACUGCGCGACCUCGACAUCAGUGGCUGCCGGAACAUCUCGUCGCAGGGCUUCCAGGCGCUGUCCACGCUGUCCAAGCUGCAGACGCUGCAGGCCUCGGACUGCCACAUCGACGACGCGGCCAUGGCCUACAUUGGCCUGCUGACGGACCUCAAGACGCUGGUCCUUCUCAACAACGACUUCACAGACGAUGGCGCGGCACACCUCAGCAAGCUGGUGUCGCUGACCGCGCUCGACCUGUCGAUGUGCACCCACCUCACCGACCGAGGUCUGCAGCAUCUCAAGAACCUCAACCAAAUCACUAGACUCAAUCUCAACUUCAACUCGAACCUCACCGACAUGGGCGUGGCCACGCUCACUGGUGGGCUCAAUGAUCUGGCCACUCUAGGCAUCAUCGGAUGCAACAGACUACUAAUUAAAGUUAAACACAAGCCAUUGGUACUACUUGUGGAGGACAACGCAUUGCAGGUGACAUUGAUCACCAAGAUUAUGGAGAGACAUAACUUUGACGUGGAGGUGGCGUCUAAUGGACAGAUGGCGUUGGAUAUGUACAAGGCCAACCCCAAGUACGAGCUGAUCCUGAUGGACAUUAUCAUGCCGAUCAUGGAUGGACUGACAGCGACCAUGCUGAUCAGGGACUACGAGCGAGAGAAGGGGCUGCGACGAACGCCACUCAUCAUGCAGACGGCCGACACCGAAGAGGGCCAUCGCAAGGUUUGUCUAGACGCUGGCUGCGAUGACUUUAUGCAGAAACCACUGGACAAGAAGGUUGUGGAUAGGGCCACAGAACUAUUGAACUUUAAAAAGUCUGGCAAGGCUGUUGGUCCCGGUGCUGUUGGUGCUGGUGCUGGUGCUGGUGCUGGUACUGGUACUGGUACAUGUACUGUCAAUCCAAGUAACGUCAGCAACAACAACAACAACAAUAAUAAUAAUAAUAAUGGAGCGCAACAACACAACAACCAAGAUCAAUCACAACAACAUCAGUAG